AUGUAUUACAUUUUAGUAUGGACAAUUAUUAGCGCCGCGACCGCCUUAAGCUGCGGUCCUGAAACUUGUGCCGUUGUAGGGCCUUCUCUCCCAUUACAUUGUAAAGGGACGAUUAUCAAAAACGGUGGGUUUUGCGGUUGUUACGACGUGUGCGCCAAGCAAGCUGGCGAAUCAUGCCAAGCUCAACCAGGACUUGACGGGGUUUCCAGAUACGGCACGUGCGAACCAGGUCUGAUAUGUGUCCCUCACGGUGAGAUGGUCAGUCUAGGGUAUGGCCGCUGCCAUAUUCCCCGAGAACCCCGAUGGUUGACCUCAAUGAUGACCCACAAUACCCCGUGCGAACAGAUGAGGCGCGCGCGACUGCUUUCCAUGGUCGUCUGGCAGGGUCAGUGGACACCCGUGUGUGACGCCCUUGGUAACUUCGUUGUGCACCAAUGCGACAACAUAGGCCAGUGUUUUUGUGUGGAUACUCAAAGUGGGAAGCUUCUGACUAGCAAGACACUUGGAGCCGUGGAUUGUAGUAGUCAACAGCUUAUCAACCAAAAGUCAACUGAUACAAUGGUACAGAGAAAGGCACUUGCUGCCCGUCUGCUAGAUUUUGACUUGACGUGUGAAAUGGACAGACAAACUCGUCUUAUGAAUAUGGCAGUUUGGAAGGGACAAUGGAUACCAAAGUGCGAUUCUCAUGGAAAUUACCUUCCACACCAAUGCGACAAUGAGGGACAAUGUUUCUGUGUUGACACUACGCGAGGCACACUACUUACGGAGAAAUCCAGCAAACCGGUGGAUUGUACGGGAAAUUAG